AUGUCAUUGCCGACGGUGGUUCACAAAUUUCUCAACAGGCGCGAAUACACAAUAGCUCUCUUUUGUUUCUUUUCCUUCCUUAUCAGCUUAUCUUGUAUGAGUCAGGGCGGCUUCCAUCUUUACACCCUCGUGAACAAUUACGUUGACAGGUACCUUUCUGUGCUCAUCAUUAUGACAAUGGUUCCUUUCAUUAUUGGUUACAUCAAACAAGAAUCCCUUCACUUCCCAAUUGAGCGAGCUUGUAUGACAAUGUGGUUUGGAAUAGCUUCACUCACAUCUGCAUGCUUGCUUACUUACUUUAUGGUGAUAUUCGUAUACGAUACACCCGUCGUUGGCUAUGAUCAGCGUUGGGCUGAGGGCCUUGGAUGGAUGAUCUCUACUGCUCCGAUUGUCUUGGGACUCCUCAUUGGUACCAUCUUCGUUCUGCGCCAGCAAAAAGGAACAUUUAAAGAGAGACUGCAUCAAUCAUUCCGCGUAGAGAACAUCCUGCAAGACACUAACCAAUCAGAUUACGACUCUGUGGAAACUGGCGACACACCUCUGAACCGCUCCCCGCCAAGUGAACUGAAAAAGAGGCCACUGGAUUUGGACAUUGAGACGAUAGAGGAUCCGUGUCCAGACGACGAGAUCAAUACUGUCAAAAUAAUGGAAGUUACUCUUCAAUGCAAAGACAAAACAAAAGCCGUCGAUGUAUGA